AUCAUCACCAUCAUCAUUCAUACUCAACUCUCUGUCUCUUUCUUUUACUUAAAUUUUUGAUUUGACUUUGGGAUUUGUUGCAAAAUUAGCUGGUGAUGACUCAUGAGUAGACACUUUUCUAGGGUUUUUUUUUCUCUGAAAUUUCUGAUCUCUUUCACACUUCCAUUAUUAAACUCAAAAGAACAACAAGAGUGAGACAAACCAAAAGAACAAUCUCUUUUGGAAUUUUCAGAUCAAACUUAUUUGAUUUUUGCUAAAUUUAGAUUGGAGAAGAGGAUUUUUAUUUAUUUUUGGAUCCUAAGAUUUGGGCUUUAUUAUUAUUACAAUGCGUGCACCAUCAAUUCUAGCUCAAUGUAUACCUGGGUUAAUGCCUCAUGAUAGAACCACUCAUGCCAUUACAAAUGUUCCCGAAAGGGAUCUUGAUUUCCCAUCACCAGCUGUUGAGAUUGUUCCUUCAAAGACAGCUCAUCCCUACAAGUAUGCUGGGGAGAACGUGGAGUUGCAAGGUUUAAACAUUUUUAAGGGAAGAGUUAGCGUGUCUGAUAUCAUUGGAUUCAGUAGUUCAGAAUCUAUCCAUGCCAAACCUGACGGUUUUCUCAAAUGUUGGGAGAGUUCUAUUGAUCUUGUUAAUGUCCUUAAGCAUGAAAUACGUGAUGGGCAGCUGAGCUUUAGGGGAAAACGAGUACUUGAGCUCAAUUGUGGCUAUGGACUUUCAGGGAUCUUUGCUUGCUUAAAGGGAGCUUCAGCGGUGCAUUUUCAGGAUCUGAAUGCGGAAACCGUAAGAUGUUCAACCAUACCGAAUGUGCUUGCAAAUCUUGAGCAGGCUCGUGAUAGACAAAGUCGUCAACCUGAGACUGAGAGCCCAAUAACUCCUUCAAGGCAGUCAGUGACUGCAGAGGUCCAUUUUUAUGCUGGCGAUUUUGAAGAACUCGACUCUGUUUUAUCUGUUGUUAAGAAGGAGGGUAUUAUUACUGGGAUGAGUCAGUGUUUCUCUGAAGAAGAUUUCAUGGAUGGUUGCAGCAGUCAAGAUGGAAGCAUUUUAGUGGGGCAAGAAUCAUCGUCAAGGAGGUCUAGGAAAUCUGGAAGCCGAGCAUGGGAAAGGGCGAACGAGUCCGACUUAGGAGAAGGCGGGUAUGAUGUUAUUAUGAUGACUGAAAUCCAACAUUCAGUGAUCUGCUUGAAGAAGUUAUAUGCUCUCAUAAAGAAGUGUUUGCGGCCACCAUAUGGAGUCCUGUACUUGACAACAAAGAAGAGUCAUCACAUUUUCCAAGGUUCGCGAAACCUAAGAAACGUGGUUGAUGAAGAAGGGAUUUUUGGUAUUCAUAUGGUUACAGAAAUGUCUGACAGAGAGAUAUGGAAAUUCUUCUUCAAGUAAUUAUAAAUUAUAAUUGAAAAUAACACUAAAUGUAAUGCUACUACGAAGAAAAUAUUCAGAUUUCCUCUUUAACAUUCCUUAAUAUUUUGUAGAAAACACACAUUUUUAUCAUCUUUAUUCAAGGAAUUGUAGCUAAUAAUAAAAACCAAAAUAAAUAUAAUAACACUAAUAAGUAGGGGAAUACGGGUUUGCAGGUCAGUAAGGUUGUCGUAGUUUUUACUGGCUAUAGCCAUUAUGUAACAGUAAGAAUGUAAUUUUUUCUUUUCAAUUGCACUGAGAUUCAGUAAAUUCUACUUGUAUUUUUGGGUGGA